AUGUCGCGAUGGCUGCCGCACGGCACGGGCCGCGAGAGCAAUAUCGAGUUGGAGCCUAUAACGGAGCAGUGGACGGAGGAGGGCAACGGGCAGCGCAGUGCGCGAUGGGGCACAGAAUUGCGUGGUGACUCCGGCACCCACACACCAGGCUCCCAAAGCAACCAUGGCUCCGCAUUUGACGCUGCAGCUUUGGAGGACAGGCUCAUGAACGAGCCACUCAUUGCCGACCCUACCGUCGCCGCUGCCACCGCUGCCGCUUCCGAGCCUCCGCCGGGCCUACCGAGCUGGCUCCGGGAGGUGGAUGUAGGCUCGGCGAGUACAGGCUUGACUCCGCACGUCCGGUUCGACGACUUUGGCUCCAAUCUGUCCCAGGACAUGGACGGUGCCGAACCUCUGCAUGAGGCUCGGGCCGAGCCUCCGCCGCGUUUGGAUCAGCGAACGAAACUCACGCUUGCGCUCGACGCUGCAGGGGAGCACGACGAGGAUGGCAUGGGGGCUGAUGACGUGGACAAAGACAAACCAAUCGGAUUCCUCGAAAUUCCGGACGAGUUGAGAGCCAGUCGUGUGGAAGCAGCGUUUGCAGCAGCAGAUAUGAACGGGGAGCGGCGAGGGAGGGGGGUGUUCCGUGCGAGUGAGAGCAGUGGGAGCAGCACGGGCGGCGGGCGAGGCAAGCAGUGGGAGGGACGCGGGGCGGAUGGGGAGGAGCUGGACGAGGAUGCUUCCGAGCAGUUUCUGUUGGACAAGGAGGUUGUGCAAGCCAUGUACGAGUCAGUGACACACAUGCAGUGGCUGACGGAGAACUUCAAGAACCUGCUCGCCUUCUCGCUCUACACGUGCCUCUAUCUCACCGUGCUCUACCUGCAAGCCGACUCCUCCCGCAAUUAUGAGGUCGCCACCUCGCACAACAUCCUGCUGCCGCCCGGAGUGUCAGGGGCAGUGACCAACACGCUGAGUGGACCAGACGACUUCUACACCUGGCUCAACGACACCAUUCUCCAGGUGGUCUGGAAGGACCCCCCUUGUGGCAAUGGGGUAUGCGAGCGCCCCUUGGAGUUCCCAGCCUUCGGCCGCUUUGGCUGUGAGGCGGACUGCGGGGUGCUGCCGUCCCUGCGCCCGCUCACGCUGCGCCUCUCCUCCUCCUUCGCCUCGCUUGAAUACGCCCAAGCCUCCUCCUGGAACCUCUGCCCCCAGGGCCUGCCCUCCCUCUGCUGGUACGAGGCGCCUCAGGUGUUUUCUCAGGUGGCGGCGGAGUGGGAGCAGACACUGUGGGUGCCGGAGGGCGACUGGGAGGUGGUGCUCUCUGCGCCCUUUGGAGGCGUCACUGGCCUCGUCUACCCUGCUGCUCAAUCUUCUCAAUCUGCUGACCUGCCCAUCGACUCGCCUGCUUACUUUGGCUCUUCUGACUCCUCCUUCUCCUCCUCCUCCUCCUCCUCCUCCUCCUCCUCCUCCUCCUCCUCAUCAUCAUCAUCAUCCUCGUCCUCCCCUCAGCCCAUAGCCCAGUGGGGCGGCUGUCAAGAGGCCACCACUUCGCCGCUCACGCGCUGCCGAUCUGCGUGUGCGGUGUUGGCACGCUGUGUGCUCGAGGCGUGCCCCGACCGGCUCUCUCCUCGUGUGCUCGCGGCCGUCUUUGUCGACUGUGCUGCCGCCUGCAACGACCCGUCACACACACCGCCCGUCCCCGCCCACAACCUCACCUGCACACAGGAGGAACCCUUUCCCUACAACCACUACAGCCACUACCAUCCGCAUGGGCCAGCAGGACAGCAGGGUGGGCACCAGCAGAGUGCCGCAUCAGAGUGCUGCGUAGCUGACGACACCCUCUGGGAGGCCCUCGGUUCCUCCGACCAGCAGCGAAUCCAGAACUGCCACGUGGCAGUCGCCCGUGCGCUCUACACAGCUGUCAAGGACAGCUGUCUCGUCUUUGCUGCCCCGUUCCAGCCACCCCUCCCCUCUGCCGCCCAAUCCUCUGCGCCCGCCCUGCUCGCCCCUGCCGCCCGGCUGCGUCUAGUGGCGUUUUUGUGCUCGCUGAUGGGCGGCGAGCAGGCGGCUCAGCGAGUGCAGGGGUGCAACUACACGCACCAUGCUUCUGGGCGGCAGCUGGUGACGCUGCAGCAGCUCAGCACUGAUGUGCCCUGGGCCCAUGCCAAUGGCAUCCCAACGCCCCUAUCCCACACGCAGCAGGCGCGCUUCACAGCCAUGCUGCUCGCAGCUCUCCACUCCCUGCUUGCCCUCCCCCCCUCCCGCCUCGCCGCCCUCUCCCGUCUCCUCCACGCCCUCGACCCGGCCGCCGUGCUCCCCUCCCUGCCGCCUUGUGGGAACGCGGUGGGCCCCACGCUGCUGUGGGCGCCGGGAGUGGUGCUCAACACGACGGUGGCCGUGGGGGACAAGGUCACAUGGCUGUGGGCCGAUGGGCUGCCUCAUGCGCUCACGUGUACGUGCCUUGUGCUGCUUGCCUUGGGUGCCAUGGUGACCGACCCAAGCGCAGCCCAGCCAGCCCCAUGGCACGGCUUUGGCACAGGGCAGCUGGCGGUGGCGGCAGGCAGCGAGUGCGCGAACGUCAACAUGGUGACCGACCCAAGCGCGGCCCACGCAGCCCCAUGGCACGGCUUUGGCACAGGGCAGCUGGUGGUGGCGGCAGGCACGGAGUGUGCAAGUGACAACGUGGGCACUCUGCCUGCUGCUGCCGACGACUCAGAGCGUGCCACUGCUGCUGUGCACCUGCUGUGGGCCGCACACGUCCCCUUGCCCUGCUCCCUCUCCAUCCCUGGCGACCCUUCAGUCUUCUCAGUGUCAGCAGUGCUGCUGGCCCCCGGCACCUACCGCUACCACUGCACGCGCACCGGCCGCCUCAUGGUCGGCCUCCUCUCCGUGCUGCCUGCCCCUGCCGCCUCUACCGCCUCCUCCUCCCAAUCGCCCACCGCCGCCACCCUUGCUGCCGCUGUGGCAUCCGUGGGUGCAGCAGAACCAUCAGCUGUCGCAGAAACAGAUGCAGCCUCCCCUUCCCCAUCUGCCCCAUCUGCUCCCUCUGCUCCACCUACUGCUGCUGUCUCGGCAGCAGCGGCAGUGAUCUCAGCGCCCCUGGCAGUGCAGUGUGCGCCAGGCUGUGCGCUGAGCAUGCUGGGCGACGGGUUGUGCCACAGCGCGUGCCACGUGGACGCAUGUGCCUUUGACGGGGGUGACUGUGCGUGCGCGCGGCCCCCUCGCUCGCUCCCUGCUGCCGUGGCCUCUGCUCCUACCUCUUGCUCGUGCCCACUGGGGCAAAUGCGCUCCAACCAGGGCUCGUGCUGCCUCAUGAAGGACGUUGGUCCCCGCCUCCGCUUCCCCUUCUCCGUCCCUGCUGCUGCUGCCGCGGGCACCAGCAGCAGCAUUACCCCUGACUCAUCCCCCAACGGCACCGUCACCACCAACACUACUACACCCAGCGACGCCACAGCGAACAACACAGCAAGCAGCACAGCGAGCAACACAGCAAGCAGCACAGCGGGCGGUGUGGCAACGUCACCGCUGGGAAAGCUGGUGGCGGAGAGGCAGCAGGUGGCGCAGGCGCGGUACGUAGCGGCAGAGCGCAACCGCCUGCUCAUCGGCCUCUUUCUGGAGCAGACCCGGGCAGACGGCGGCCCAUGCCGCCCCUCCAGAUUCUUGAGCCUCUUUCCUUACUGUGCCAACAGCACGUCCAAGCACCCAUUCGGGAUCAACCCGGCAUUCCUCCCCUCCUCCUCCCUCUACGACCCUGACGCUGCAGCCGCCCUCGCUGCAGCCACCAACCAAUCCCUGCCGCCCCUUGACGGCCAAUCAGACUCCUCCGUUCCGGGCGGCAGCAGCAGUGCUGUCAGCCAAUCAGCAACCGGCGGCACUGUAGCACCUCUGAAUUCCGCCGAGCUGAGAGCGUUUCAGAACCACAGUGUGCCGUACGGUUUCGCUCCCGUGCAGCCGGACAAGGCGGCGUUCCCCGUCCUAUUUGACGUGAAUCUGGACAGCGGGGCGGCUGCCGCCCGGCUGCAGUACCUCGUGGACGGCUUCUUUAUCGACAAUGCCACCCGCACCAUCACCGCCCAGAUGCUCACCUACAACGGGGAGAGCCAUCUCUUUGUGCUCACUCGAGUGCGCUUCAUCUGCCAGGUGGGGGGGCAGAUAGCAGUGAGGUACGAGAUAGAGCCGGUGAACGUGGAGGUGUUUCGCACCGAGGGCGACUGGGUGCAGCUGGGGGUGACGCUCGUGUAUGUCAUUGCUGUCAUGUGGAACCUGCUCGAGGAGGCACGAGAGGCCUUCUCACUCUGGCUUCAGACAGGCAGGGUGUGGGCAUACUUCCGGUCGCUGUGGAACUGGCUGGACGUGCUCUCCCUCACCAUCCAGUUCUCCGGCAUCAUCAUGUGGUUCAUAAUAGCGGUGCAGCUGUCGGGGCCCUUCUCAGUGCAGGCGCGCUACAACAUCUACACCUCGCUGGGAGACACGCCCUUCCCCUGGCAGGUACUAUCCCCCCCAGCACAGUACGUGGCAGCAAUGAGCGUGUACGAUCAGAUAGAGCGCAUUGUCUCCUGGCGCUCCAUCUGUGUGGCUCUGCAGGGCAUCAACGUCUUCCUCAUGACUCUGCGACUCCUCAAGCUGAUGGACUUCCAGCCGCGCAUCUCCAUCCUCACGCGCACCAUGGCAGCAGCGCUCCCCUCCCUGGGCCACUUCCUGCUCCUCUGGGCCAUCGUCUUCGUCGGCCUCUCCGUCUACGCCUACGCGGUCUUCGGCCGCACCUUAGAGCAGUUCAAUACGCUCGCCAUGUCCAUGGUCUCCUGCUUUCUGAUUUUGAUUAAUGACAACUCCACGGGGUAUUAUUUUAUACAGCUGGAGGGGUGGCCGCUGGCAGCAGCCAUGGUGUUCUGGAUCGCGUUCGUGGGGGUGAUGGUGUUUGUGCUGCUCAACGUGUUAAUUGCUAUCGUGGUCGAUGCAAUGAUGGAAGUGCAGAAAGAGUCAGAGGACUCGCCGUCUUUCUUCCUGGACAUGUGGCGUGUGUUCCGCAGCUACGCCAUCCGCUGCUCCACGCGCUACUGGAAGCCCGGGCGCCUGCAGAGGCACCUGCUCGCUCUGGGGGCAGAGGACGAGACCGUGCAUCUCUCCUCCUUUGCCCACUCCAUGCGGGUCAUCCGGGGCAGCUUCAGCGAUCUCGACAGCUGCUUCAGCUUCCCGAGAGCCUGCCCGCAGCCGGACCUCACCCGCACGCGCCGGGUCUUCCGAGUCAACUCCCGGAGCUACACGGCCGAUAACCUAUCAAGGGUGCUCGAGCGCCGCCUGCAGCGCUGCCCUGCGGGCUCUUCUUCCCGCCGCUUCUCGAUGCUCAAGGGCGAUACGGAGAAGACGGAGCAAGGGCCAGGCAUCAAGCCAGAGAGGAUGACAGAGAUUAUUCUGGCACAGUUUGGGGAAGAGAUGGGGUCAGUGGUGCGCACUCCAGGGCAAGGCACCGACAGGGAUGAAGACCUCGAGCUCAUGAAGGAGGAGGUGUUUCGGAUCGAGAAGAGCACGACGGUGUCGUCGGAAGGGCUGGCGGAGCUGCAAGGGGAGGUGCAGAUGCAGCGCCGGGCUCUUCGCAACCUGCAGCGGCAGCUCACCAAGCGGGACCUCCGAUUGGAAGAGCAGACCGCAGAGUUGCAGCGCCAGCUGGCGCAACAGCAUCAGCUCCUGCUUCGUCUGGUCAAUGCUAGGAAUUGA